AUGGCGGCAUUUGAACUGCCAGAUGGAGUCAGCAAGCGGAUCGUGUCUGAAGGACUUGGCAGCAAGAGACCUUGCAGUGGGGAUGAAGUUCACGUGACCUUCAUCGGAUGGAUCAAGGCGCAGGCAGAGGACGUGGAGUUUCACCGACUGGAGGAGUUCCACUUCACCAUGGGGGCCCAGGAGGUGAAUCAAGGUAUGGACCUAGGUGUGGCCACCAUGCGCAAGGGCGAGGUUGCGAUGCUGGAUUUGAGCCCAGAGUUUGCAUAUGGUGCCGAGGGCGUGCCGGGUAAGAUUCCUCCGCACUGUGCCUUGACCUUCCAGGUGACCUUGCUGUGGUGGAAGCCCCCAGGCGCCUCAGCCCUGACCGCCGAUGGCGGCGUCCUCAAAAGCCUGCGCCGCGCGGGCUCAGGGCCCAAGCCCGGAAGUGGCAGCACCGUGGUUUUGAAGGCCAUGGUGGCCAUGGAGGAUGGGCAGCAAGAGCUUGGCACAUUGGAGGGUCAGGUAUCGGACCUGAAGAUUCUGGAGUUGCCUGCAAGGACCCUGGAGAUUUGUGUGACCAGCAUGCUCGAAUCUGAGAAGGCAGAGAUGACCCUAGCAGCUCCAUAUUUGGGAGAUUCCAGCGCUUGCAGCAUGUCCCUGGAGCUGGAGUUGUUGAAGGUCAUGGUUGUGCAAGAGUGUAGCUACUUCAAGGAGAAGACAGGGGAGAAGAACUUCCCGAAAAUGACUCAGAAGUGGCUGCAGGAAGGAGUUGGCAGCGACAAGCCGACAGCUCUAUCCAAAGUCACAGCUCUUGUGGAUGGCAGAUGCUACAGCUGGACUUUGAUGCUGGGCGAUCCUGAAGAUCUUCCGAAAGCCGAAGCGGUGGAGUGCGGUCUGCUCAACAUGACGGUAGGGGCCAGGUGUGAAGUGUCCGUGGCGCACCCGGAGCAACUUAGCUCCGUGGUUGUGGAGCUUCGAGGUCUCGAAAGGCGCCUGCAGGGCAUGGCCUGUCACUUGAUGGGCUCGGCGGAGCAGUGGAGGGCGGUCGGCUUAGGCCCAAAGGUGUCUGACAUCUCCAACGGCACGCAUGUACAUGCGUCGUACAGUUUCGAGAAUCUCCAUAGGCGUAAGCCUUUGACAAUUGCAAUGUCUCUCUUUGGGCAUAGCAUGGGCUUCGCUGCCACACUGGGCGGUGAUGUUUUGGCAGUUUUGGAGCUGGAAAGAUACCACAAGAUCCGGUAUUUUGAUUUGCGCGUUUUGACAGGGAUGAAUGAAAACUUUCGAAACAUCGGGCAUUUGUGUGAGUGGGUCAUGGAUCACAGGCAGCAAAGCUGCAUUGAGAGAUUGACGAGCAUGGAGCCAGAGCCUGACGAAGAUGAUGCGUCCUUUGAGAUUCGGGCCAUGAAGCAGAGAGAAAAGGUGUUGUAUGAAAAUGCAAUGGAAAGAUACAUGAAACCAGCGUUGCAUCAGCUGUGUCAGCUGGCCCACCUAAAACUGCGCGUCUUGGGCGAUCGACGGGCACAGGAUGCGGACCCUGCAGGAUCGUGUGAAAUCCAGUACGAUAUCGCGGUCAGUCCAGCUCACUGCCUUAGUAGCAGCCAGUACGGUGCGAUGCUGGUUCAGCUAAUUAAGCCCUAUGUCCAGGCAUCUGAGUGGCUAUUGGUAGAUCAUCACCAUGCUCAUGCGGCAAUGGGUUGGUUGGAUUCCCCAUUCUACAGGCAGAAAGGUUAUAGCUCCUUGAUUCUCAGCUAUGAUGGCGGCGGAGGUGAUGGCAACCUGCGGCUGUUUCUGGGUAAAUCAGGAGAUCAUAAUCUGAAAGCCUUGGGGCCUGGACAGGCGUGGCAUUCCUAUGGCAAUGUUUACGAGAUGGCUUCCUCCUUGGUUAGGGAUUUGGCGUGGGGGACACCCUAUGGUUCCAAGCCACCCUGCCCCUAUGGCAAGAAGACUUCGUGCCAAAUGGCCUUGGCGGGGUCUUUCAUGGCCUUUGCCGCCAUUGGCAACGUGCGCGAAGAGUGGCGGCCCGGGGCCCAACUCUACCUCAGCAGAGGCCUGUGGAAUGAGAAGCUCUGGCCAUCUCCCUUUGGUGGCGAGUGUACGCUCCACUGUUUUCUCAACGAGUCCAGUGUUGAUGGGGGCGAUCCUGACUGGUGGUAUCGAUACGUUACCUCCGGGCAGCAUGUUGGGGGGUGUUUGGACCAUGCCUACACUCGCAGAGGUGCAAGCUAUUCAGGAUGGACCAGAUAUUACUUUGCAUGUGACAACUCUGACUCGGUGGAGCAGUCCCAGCAAAUGGAUCGUGACUUUGCAGCCACCAUCCAGGAUGAGUUUGACCAAGAGAUCUUGACUUUGGUCCGCACCAAGCUGGAUGUAGCUGAGGUGGUUCCCAACUCCUUAGUCAUCACCGGUGGCUCUGCCAUGAACGUCAAGACCAACACGGCCUUGGCUCGGGGCUUGAAUCUACCCACCCACGUGCCACCAGCGCCAGGAGAUGCUGGGAUCCCCCUGGGGGCUGCGUGGCUAAUGCACCCGCCACCUGCAGAUCAGCGGGUGGGUCUGCAGGGGGCAGGGGUCCAAUUCACAGGGGCGCCCUUGACGGAUAACAAGGGACAGCUCCUGACACCGUCAGACCUUGAGGAUUUGGCACAGCGUUAUGCUGCCACACGUAUUCAAAGCAUGGGCAGCUUUGAGCUGCUAGCGGGUUUGUUGAUCCGGAGCGAGUCCAUUGUGGCGGUGGCACGUGGGGGUGCGGAGUUUGGCCCAAGGGCCCUUGGACAUCGGUCUUUCCUGGCAGCUGCCCAUAGGGGAGAGCUGAAAGAGAGGUUGAACCGGUUGAAGCACCGAAAAUGGUACCGACCCUGCGCUCCCAUCGUGGCGCGGGAAGAUCUAGAACUGCUAUUUGAACCGGGGCCUGACUUGGCCUAUGGCAUUCCGUACAUGAGCUUUGCUCCUCCCCUGCAGAAAUGGGUGAAGAAAUGGUUGCCAGGGAUCACCCACUUGGAUGGAACAGCUCGGCCUCAGACCGUGGAUAGAGAAGAUGAUCCAUGGAUGCAUUCCUUGUUGCACGCAGUGCGGCAGGAGAUGGCUCAGAAAUUUCAGGAUUCUGGAACCGAAAUUCCUCACAAGGUUGGGGUGUUGAUCAACACCUCCCUGAAUCCUAAGGGGAUGCCAAUUGCUUCAGAUCCCAUGGAUAUCUUGCAACUCUUCUGCGCCCCCGAGGGUCGUGAACUGGAUUUCGUAUUGUUAGAAGAGACAUGGCUUUUUGAGCGUCGUACUGCCAUGUUGGCCGGUCUGUGUGACCACAUCAACAUCGGACCUGCGGGAUCGGAUGCCCCAGGCUCGUUCCCCGACGGACUGCCAGUGAUCUAG